ACAAAUAAAAACAACGACAAAUAACCUAAAAAUGGAGCACAACAUCCUAUAAGUAUUGUAAUUUUUACGAGAAAAACAUAACAAAAUGAGUGUUUUCAUCAAGCAUUACAGGCCUGGUAGCCUUGUCACAAUUUCUAAUAUCAAAAUAUGGCGUUACAACUCUACAAAGGCUGAAAAUUCUCUGAAGAAAGACAAUGAGGAGGAGGAAUUUAGAGUGCUUGAUAUAUUGAAGAAAAGAGAGCGGCAUCAGAGGAAGAUUACUCGGAGGGCUGAUAUACAGCCUGAUAGAGCUGACAGGAUGGCCGUUGAUCAGAAAUGGGGCAAUGUGUGGCCCGGUCCGAAAACAUUUCACCCAUCAUCAGUCCCGCUGCCUCUCCGCCAAGGUUACGUCCCCAAGGGCCAAGCUCCACCAGGCAAGAAAGCUAAUGCUGAACUUAUGAAGAUUCCGAAUUUUCUCCAUUUAACUCCACCGGUUAUUAAGAUGCAAUGCGAAGCUAUUAAACAGUUCUGCACAACAUGGCCUAAACUGCUUAAUUCUGAAGAAGCAAUCGAAAAGCAUUAUCCCUUGGAAGUCAUUACAUCAGACUACUGCCACGGAAGUCCGUCUAUAAGGAACCCGUUAGCCCGAAUCGUUACACUUAGAGUCAAACUAUCAUCGUUGAAUUUAGACAAACAUGCCAGAGACAAGUUCAUACGCUUAGUAGGUGAUCGUUAUGAUAGCACAACUGAUUUGGUAACGAUUACAGCAGACCGUUGUCCGGUUAGGAAACAGAAUUUGGACUAUGUCAACUAUUUAUUGACUGCUUGUUACCAUGAAGCAUGGAAUUUAGAAGAAUGGGAGAAAGAGAAGACAGAGGAUGACAUGGAAUAUUACGAUUGGAAUAAUAAUGCUUCGAAAAGAAGUCUCGUUAACUGGUAUAUGGCAACGAAGAAUGAAACAAAAUCGUUAACAGAUGAAGAGUAUAAGAAUUAUGAUAUUUCAACGAUACCAAACGCAGAAGAGUACAAAAAUGCUGUAUCAAGUUAUAUGAACGACGGGGAGAGUGAUGCCACAGUAAAAAAUUACGGCACAGCAGUUAGAAAGUUGUUAGGGUUGCCAGAAAGAAAAAAUGUUUAGCAAGUACAUUUAGUACAUUUACAUAAUUUAAAUCAAUAGUUCAAUUUUAUAAUUUAGAUAAAUAUAAAUGGUCUAAUAUUAAAUAGCCCUUAUUUUAGACAUAUUUAAAAAUAUUUUCACAUAUUUUUUUCCUCAAUACCAUCUGAAGGCUACAUCAAAACUAUUCAUCUAAAAUAAAAAAGCAAUAUUGCUAUUUGACAUUUGCACAUAUAAAAGUCAGUGCAUAAUGCAAACAAAAUGUCAAAUAGCAAUAUUGCUUUUAUAGAUGAAUUUGUUUGUCUUUUAGCAAGGUUCUAUCUAACCAUGUAAUUAGGUUUAUUGAUUUAUUUAUGUGUGUGUAUGAUUUAUUUAAUUAUGGAAUUGAACUAUAGAUUAAUUUGCAAUAGUUAUGUAAAGUAACAAAAUACUUUGUAAUUUGUAAAAUAAAUAUUAAUAUUAGUAUUUAUUUUGUUGUUUUUAUAAAUCAGCAUAACAUAAGCUCACGAUUAUGUACCUAUUGGGGUAGUCAGAGGUACCUACAUCCAUCGCAAGAUGAAGUAAGCACCCACACCUCACCAAGCUUUCUGUUAGACCAACGUGAUAGGUGAGCGGUAUCGCCGUCUAUAAUGGUUGAGCCAACUGUGUUAGUGAAAACUGCACUUAACAAAAAUUAAUAACUCAUUUGUGCAAUGAGGGACUUUGAUCCAAAAAAAUAAAUAAAAUUAUUAUCAUGGGUUGUGAGGUGGAAUACCAACCUCAUCUAACCUGGUGUUAGGGUUGUAAAAAACGGAACGCACCAAUCUAUUUUUAAUUUUAGUUAGUCAUUUCUGCCACUACGUGUAACUGUGGCGCUAGCGUCAAUGCAAUAAUAUCGAUGUCAUUUUUCUUAAGUUGUACGCCAUUUGUGUGGAAUAAUAAAGUUUACUUUAAAUCAA